AUCUGAAUUAAUCACCCUAACCAAAGCUCUAAUCACAAUACACUUAGCUAUAUAUCACAUCUCCCCUAAUCCUUCUCCUACAUCAUCAAAUAAAACCAGCUAGGUUGAAAGGUAAACUGUUACCAUGAAGACAGAAAUACUAUUUCUAGCUUCCCUAUUCCUUGUCAUUUGUUGUAAGACACUUUGUCACCCUGAGCACAACCCUCAUACUAGGGCAAAGCAACUUAAGAAUGUAUAUGAAUCGAUGAUCGAAUCAAAAAAGAAAAAUAAUCCGAGUAUACAUGAGAGUAGACAUGAAGUUGAUGCGAAGAGCUUUCAGAAAGCCGCGAAAGGAGUUUAUGGUGGUGGGGAUACGCUUCGGCCUCGCUCUGUACCUAAAAAGAGUGGAGCAAGCUCUUUACUCUUGAAAUCCUCUACCCUCCUCUGUUCUACACUCAGACAUGUUACAGUAGGGUUUAUAGUUUUUGUUGCGUUAUUUUGAGUCCUAGAUUGGGGUGAGUAUACCAUAAUUGGAACACAGUUAAGGAGCAACUUGGUGUUUUGUAACAAGAUAUUUGGAUGGUGCUAGUGUGUUUGCCUAAUUUUCUUUUAAACUAAAUUAAUUUUUGCAGUAUUUUGAGAAA